GCUGUUGCGCGCAAGGUGACCGCCACAUAAAAAAGUUAACAGACCUGAUAUUUGCUCUCUAUAUCUUGUUGUUUUAGCCCAUUGAUCGCAACAUUACAAUCAAACUCAAGCAUUAAUCUACGAGUCUGUAUUGCUAGACCGCUAAAACAUGGGUAUAACUGGAACGAACAGUGUGCCUCUGGGCGCAAGAAGAAGAGGGAUGCCUGACGCGUUCAUUCCUCCGCCUCCUAGUGAAGCUCUGCCUCCGCCUCCUGCGGAUGAUUAUCCACCUCCUCCUCCGGCCAUUCCUCCUCCACCCGCCCCGAGUGAUCUAAGUGACUACCCUCCUCCACCUCCUCCCCCAGGGGAUGAUCGUGAAAGAGGAAGACCUUCUGCGCGUGAAGAUGAGGCGCCUAGAAAGAGAAAGAGAAGGAACCGAUGGGCUGCUGCAGAAGAUAAUCAGGUUGCUAAUUUGAUCAACCUCCCCACUUCUAUCUCUGGUAACAUGACGCCAGAGCAGAUCGAGGCCUAUGUUCUCAACUUGCGUAUUGAAGAGAUCUCACAAAAGCUGAGAAUCAACGACGUGGUACCAAAAGAUGGCGAGCGCUCUCCGUCUCCUCCACCUCAAUACGAUAACAACGGAAAGCGAGUCAAUACAAGAGAAGUUCGGUACAGGAAGCGUCUUGAAGACGAACGCCACAAACUCAUUGAAAAGGCUGUUAAGACCAUCCCUGAUUUCAAACCGCCGGCUGAUUACAGACGGCCGUUGAAGACUCAAGAGAAGGUCUUUGUCCCUGUGAAUGAAUACCCUGAAAUCAACUUUAUUGGACAACUUAUCGGACCCCGUGGUAACACCCUGAAGAAGAUGGAAACUGAAUCGGGUGCAAAGAUUGCUAUCAGAGGUAAAGGAUCUGUCAAGGAAGGAAAGGGACGAUCAGACGCUGCCUAUCAAUCCAACCUUGAAGAAGAUUUGCAUUGUUUGAUUAUUGCCGACACCGAGGAGAAAGUGCAGAAGGCGAUCAAACUGGUUAACAAAGUUAUUUCGACUGCUGCGAGUAUUCCUGAGGGUGAAAACGAAUUGAAGCGAAAUCAGCUCAGAGAGCUGGCUUCUCUUAACGGUACCCUGCGAGACGACGAGAACCAGGCAUGCCAGAACUGCGGAGAACUCGGACACCGAAAAUACGAAUGUCCUAACCAGCGAAAUUAUACUGCAAACAUCAUUUGCAGAAUUUGUGGCAAUGCAGGCCAUUUCGCCAGAGAUUGUAGGGAAAGAGGUUCGGCUAAUGGUGGAGAUCGUGGUCGAUUCAACAACGGAGGAUAUGGUAAUCCUGGAAAUGAGGUCGAUCAAGAGUAUGAGAAGCUUAUGCUUGAGCUCACGGGCAACAGUUCUGGAGGCAUGCCUGGGCCAAGAGGUGCUAUCGAAGGCGGCCGGGCACCUCCGCCAAACGUGCGUCCGGAAUAUGCUCCUCCUCCGCCACCGCAGCCAAUGCCUUCUAAACCUAGCGCGCCACCUCCUUGGGCGCGGAAAUAAUUGUUGUCUCUGGUAUUCUUCGAUGUGUAAUUGAGAAUAGUUCUGAGGGUUAGCUUGGUUGCAAGGCGUAUUUAAUAUAUCGCUUCUAAAUAUCAGUAUGUUCCAUUUGGUUUUGGAUACUGUCCUCUCUCGCCCUACGAUGGUCUUGUGGUCAUCGAUAUAUAAAUCAAAUAAAUCUCAAAAGCCCACAAGUCUGAGUAUUCUACGGG